AGAAAACACUCUUUUCAGAGGGAAGGCAUGGCUGUGAUGAAAAGAAUGAUGAGUCUUCCAAUACUGCUGUUUCUGCUAUUUGCCUUUACUUUUUCCUCUUUUGCUGCCCCAGUAGAUCCAGACAAAAAAGAUGCCAACCUGGAUUUUGUUAAGAAAUAUUUAAAUAACUUCUACUCUCAAGAAAGUGAGAUCGGUGGAUCAUUCUUCAUGGAUGACAAUGUCUCUUUGACUGAAAAACUCAAGAAAAUGCAGAUAUUUUUUGGGCUGAAUGUCACUGGACAAGCUGACACUGAAACGGUUGAAGUGAUGAUGAAACCCAGGUGUGGAGUACCUGACUUGGACUCAUUCACCCUCACUGAAGGGGAACCAAAAUGGGACAAGAAUGAAAUCACAUACAGGAUUAUGAGUCGCACCACAGAUAUGCAUUCAUCUCAGGUGGACAAAGCAAUCCAGAAAGCAUUCGAAGUCUGGAGCAAUGUGUCCCCUCUGACAUUCAGAGAGGUCACUGAUGGAAAAGAAGAAGCAGAUAUAAUGAUCUCGUUUGAAAGAAGAGCCCACGGUGAUAAUUCUCCAUUUGAUGGCCCUGAUGGGAUACUAGCACAUGCCUUUCAGCCAGGAAAGUUCAUUGGUGGAGAUGCCCAUUUUGAUCUGGAUGAACUUUGGACACAUAAGGGUCCAAAAGGUCGCAACCUGUUUCUUGUUGCUGCCCAUGAGUUCGGACAUUCGUUGGGUCUCUCUCACUCCUCCGAUCCUGGAGCACUGAUGUUCCCCACCUACUCUUACACAGAGCCUAGUUUAUUCCGGCUUCCUCAGGAUGAUAUUAAUGGCAUCCAAGCUAUUUAUGGAAAAACAGAUAGCCCAAUACAACCCACUGGACCCACAACACCAGAAGCUUGUGAUCCAAGUACCAGUUUUGAUGCUAUCGCCACUUUUCGUGGAGAAAUGAUGUUCUUUAAGGACAGGCAUUUCUGGCGUAAACACCCUCAAACAGGAGUGGAACUCAUAUUCAUCUCCCUGUUUUGGCCAGCUCUGCCCUCCAAAAUAGAUGCUGCUUAUGAAAAUUAUGAAACAGACCAAGUUUUUCUUUUCAAAGGAAAUAAAUAUUGGGUUCUAAAUGGAUACGAUGUCCUGCCUGGCUAUCCUCAGAACAUCUACCACUUGGGCUUCUCCAGAAAUGUGAAGAAGAUUGAUGCUGCAUUUAGUGACCCAGACUCUGGGAAGACCUAUUUCUUUGUGGGCAACAAAUACUGGAGAUAUGAUGAAAUAAGACGAUCCAUGGAAAAGGGCUACCCAAGAUUUAUAGCCAAAGAUUUUCCAGGCGUGAAGCCCAGAAUUGAUGCUGCUUUAAAUCAUGAAGGCUAUAUCUACUUCUUCCAGGGAAGCCGCAUGAUCCAGUUUGACCCGAACAGAAAACGUGUUGUUAAUUCUAGUCAAAGGAGCAACAGCUGGCUGAAUUGUUAAACUAUUUAACUUGCCCUCUUUUAUUAUUAGUUAAAGUUGCUGCCGUGCCUGAUCCUGAUCUCAAGUUUUAUUGAGAACUCAGCAAUAAAUAUGUGGCAUUACUUUCACACCCAAACUUAAAGUAGUGCGGGCUGAAUAACCCCCCAGUAACUGGAAUGGGUGAACAAGCAAUUCUGAAUUAUUAAGGCUCUUCUUUUAUCAUCUCAGAGAUCACUGGUAUGGGUAAAAUAUGAAGGAUUUUUCAAAUAGAAAAAAUGCACAUGUUUUAGACACACACUUUCCCACAUUUAUUAAAAUGCACAACUGUAUCUUUUAAAGUUAAACAUUCACAUUUUAAAGUGAACAUCUUUCCAAAAAGGACACAUUUUGCCAACAUAAUUGCAAAAUUACAAAAUUAAAAAUUACAUAAGAAUUUUCCUGGAAAAUGCAAUUGCCUUUGUGCUCACACUCAGGGGUGCAAGUCAGGCAUUUUUGUAAGGUUUUCAAGUGUAAAUGGAAUUCUCGUAUAAUCUGACUGCUCACAUGCUCUGUAACAGGUUUGAUUUUUUCACCUCCAUAAAGUGCUUAUUACGGACAAAAUAGCUGAGUGUUUCUUUUGUUUUUACUCCAUACAAAUGCUUAAUACACAAGACUGUAUCUCUGUAUUCUCAGUUAAAUAAAUUAAUCAACCCAGAA